UUGCUUUCUCCUCCAAGCCACAAGCCCUAGCCACGCCAAGCAAAGAAAAGAAUGGGAAAAAAAAGAAGAAAGGCAAGGGAUUGGGAAAGAAGAGAGACCCAUGUCUUAGGAAAUAUAAAGACUUCUGCAUCCAUGGGGAGUGUAAAUACCUGAAGGAUCUCCGGGCUCCAUCAUGCAACUGCCACCCAGGUUACCAUGGAGAGAGGUGUCAUGGGCUGACCCUACCGGUGGAGAAUCGCUUAUAUACAUAUGACCACACUACCAUCUUGGCUGUGGUGGCUGUGGUGUUGUCAUCUGUCUGUCUGCUUGUCAUAGUGGGGCUUCUCAUGUUUAGGUACCAUAGGCGAGGAGGUUAUGAUGUGGAAAAUGAAGAGAAAGUAAAGUUGGGCAUGACUAACUCCCACUGAGAAGGACCUGUGCUCAAGGAACCUUCAGAGGAUGGUUCCCUCUGAGACACUGGUUCAUACAAGUUCUACAGAGGGGAAAGACUUCAGAAGCAGCCAUGAAGACUUCUUCAUUCCCAGUUGCUACCCUGACUGGGCCUCCCAUAAUUACUCUGCAAAAGUAUCAGAGCCUCUAAGUGCCAAACAGACUGUGCCCACUGGGAUCCAGAUCAGAACACAGUGGAAGCAGGAGAGCCCUCCAGGCCUUUCUGAUUCACCUCCACCAGAUCCACGGGUUUGUUUAAACACCUUCUGGAUUAAAGUGUCAGCUAGAUUCCGAAUGCCCCAGGAUUGACUGAAAAAAAAAAAAAGAAGAGGAAGGAGGAAUGACUUAUGGACUGGAAGACCGAGUUGAGAAACCAUGUGUUCAAGUACAAGGGAUCUGCUGUUUGGACCCUCCAGCACGCUGGAUUUGAUGAGCUAACUGUGAAAUACCACAAGCCCAAGAACUCUAAAUUUUGGGACUUCUACCCAGAUGGGAAAAAUAACAACUAUUUUUUUUUUGUUAUUUGUUUGUAAAAUGCCUCUUAAAUUAUGUAUUUAUUUUAUUCUAUGUAUGUUAAUUUAUUUAGUUUUUAACAAUCUAACAAUAAUAUUUCAAGUGCCUAGACUGUUACUUUGGCAAUGUCCUGGCCCACCCCUUUGCAGCUCUACCAUCCAGCUCGGUGACACACUCCCAUGUGCUCUGUAACCCAUCUGUAGUAAUUUAUUGUCUGUCUACAUUUCAGAAGAUAUCCCAGGAGCAGAGUAUCCAGGGGGGAGUUGUGUAUGGUCAGAGUGCAGGGAAUGAUUUGGGCAGAGCCACUCUGUGAGUUGGACUGCAAUCUUGCCUAGGUGAUUUUUGUCUACUGUUUGUGUUUUGAAAGCCCAAGGUGCUGAUGUCAAUGUGUAAUAGAUUUUGGUGUUUACCUGUGUCCUCUCCCUGCCAAAUCUCAGAAGACAUUGGGCAUCCAUGCCUGCAGUUUCCUGGCCCCUUUUCCUCUAUCACCCUUUCCCACUCUCCCUGUGUCAAGACAUUUCCCUUACUCCUGCCAUUCUCCUGGUGCUACUCCAUACAGACAGAGUUUGUAGAGAGAGGACAGUUUGGGGAAGUGAUUAGUAAGGAAAAGGCUGAGGAGGAGCAGGGAACGUUGGAGUUGACUACUCCUGGUAAUUGAUUACCUAUCAAUUGCUACAGGGAAGGUUGGUGUUAGGGAAGGUUUUGGGUAAGAACUAUACAGUCUCACCAAAACUGUAAUGUUGUUAUGGUUCCCAUGAAAGUUUCUGGUGCCACUUAUGAACUGUUACAACCUAUAUUUCCAAAACCUGGUUCAUAUUUAUACUUUGUGAUCCAAAUAAAUAUAACCCUUACUCCAUGGU